UCUAUGCUAAAGGUAUUAAUAUGAAAGUGGUGGAAGAUGAGAAGGCCAUAGAAGAUGAGAAAGCUAUAGAAGAAGAGAAGGCCAUAGAAGAUGAGAAGGCCAUGAUGGAAUCAGAGCGGGAGUUUGACUUAGAUAUUAUUGGAAUUGUAUUUCAAGAUGAAAUUUCCUAUCGACUCCGAUUUCCUACCUACAGAUCAGUUACACCACACAAAGAUCUUGCUGAUAUAGAUACGUGUUUCAACUUUUCCUCAAUUGAUUGUAAAACUCCGAAGUAUUGGACUCAAGGCUUUAUCUCACUGCAAUCUAGCAUCGACAGCGCACUUAUUGAAAGGAUCACCAAUCACUCUGUUUGGGAAGAAAUGACUUCUAUUAAUGGCAUCCGUAUGAAAUCACCUUCUAUUACAAUAGGAUCUGAAUUAGCAAAUAGUGUGUUCCUUUGGACUUUAUCACUGUGUUUUGCUCCAUUUAUGUAUUUCUUGGCACUAACAGUUUCAAGAGAGAAAAGGAAAUUAAAGGAGGUGAUGAAGACAAUGGGACUACGAGAUGCAGCAUUCUGGUGAGCUAUGAAAUUGGCUGUAGUCUCCUUUUCUCAGAUGGAUCCAGCAGGUUUUUAUGAGAAAAAAAGAGGAUGAAUCCAUGCCAGCCAGAAAACUCAACAGAGAAUUUAACGAAGCUCUGAUCCUGGAGCUGGU